ACAUCACACGCCCGCAAGCACGUUAAUGUGUACAUGACUAGUUCUUGAUCUUCAUUAAAUUUAUUCCCUGUUACUUUGAAAUUAAGCAAGUGUAUCCGUUUCAAAUUUAUUGAAUCAUGUAGUUUUUUCAAGCCAUUUGUAUUUCUAGAUGUUUUGCUCUGUAAUACACAUUGGACCCAAACCUACUUUUUCAAUGUACAGAAAAGCCAUGAAAAGAGGAAGGAAACGAAAGGGUUCCACCUCCGGCGAAGAAGUAAACGAGUUCGACGAUCAGCAAAAUCAGAACUUGGGUAUUUCCAUAACAGACCUCCCAAGCCCGAUCUCUGUUGAUAUUCUCGCGAGGUUAUCCGUGAAGAGAAUAUUUAUUUGCAAACGCGUAUGUAAAACUUGGUGCGAUCUAAUAUCAAGCCCGGAUUUCGCUAAGCUUCACUUUGCGCGAGGAGAGGCUUUUCCUCUCGUUCGAUCCUUAGACCCUUCGCGUGUUUUGCGAACCCUUUACUUGGUUGAACCACCUGAACACUGCUCUGGUUUUGAUACGAUGCGUGGCCGCCCUUUAAAAAUGAAGCUUGAUACCAAGUUAAAGAUCCCAUUGCACAAUGAGGAACUGGUGAUCAAAAGUGUUGGUGAUGUCAAUAUGAAUCCUCGUUCCAAAGGUGGUAUUAAAUUGAGGCCCCAAGAUCAUGAACUCAAUGUGGUGCAUUCCUGCAAUGGAUUUCUUCUUUUGUCUGAACCAUGUAAGUACGGUGCUGUUGUUGGCGAAACAAAUCCAGUUAUGGUAUGCAAUCCAAUCACGCGCGAGUAUAUAAACCUUCCUGCUGCCAUAAAAUAUGAUGAGAGUGGGAAACAUAUGAAUGCCAUGCAUUGUGGUUUGGGCUUCAGUCCAAAGACUAAUCAGUAUAAGGUGAUUAGGACUUGUGGUCACCUUGCUAGAAAGGGAACAUACAGUGGUAGCGUGACUGAGAUACAUAUACUUGGCACAGGAUCAUGGAAAAGGAUUGGAAAUGCGCCUUCCACUCUCCUUCAUAAGGUAGGAUCCCCUACCUAUCUCAAUGGCUCCCUUCAUUGGCUUUGUCGUGAAGACAUUAUUUCAACCUGUAUUAUGUCAUUCGAUCUUGACAAUGAGAAAUUCCAAUCACUUCCUCCACCACCUUUUACACCUUCCACCACCAGUCCAUCAUGGAAUCUUGGAGUGGCAUUGGGGGAACUAAGGGGCUGUCUUUGCAUAUAUGAUGGUUCUUGUUUUGAACUGCCAAAGGUAUGGGUGAUGAAAGAAUACGGUGUUCAGGGAUCAUGGAGCAAAGACUUUUGUCUUAGUCCCAAAACUGUGGGGGGAAGGUGCAUUUAUGGCCUAUUUUUUGAACCAGUAAGUUUAUUGAGAAACGGAGCUAUCCUGUUGUUCCAUUCUUUGAGGGGUGCUUUGUUUUAUCUUCACGCCAAAAAACCAGGUUUCAGAUUCCUGAAGUUUAAAGGGUACAAAUCGUUUUAUGAAUCAAUUGCUCAUAUUCCAAGUUUCAUUUCACUGAAGGAUGCUGUGAUAGGAGACGAUAUUGCUGUGUUAAAUACCAAAUCAAGGGGUGCAGAUUUCAAAUUGCCGGGAGAGAGUAGAGAUUUUUUCUUGGUGGAAGAAGAUCCGGGUAAUGACAUCGUUCUGAUUUGAGAUAGUGCAUCGCGUCCAGGGGAAUAUUGAUGCAGCCAAAUGCCUUUUUAGCAAGUGCUUGAUGAAAUUUAAGUAGUUCUAUAUAACUUAUUGGAAUAGGAUGACAUAUCAUUUUAUGGGGGUUAUUAAUGUUCUGUGAAGGGAAAAGAAAAUACGAGGGAUAUGUCCUCACAAGUUUAAUGUGUGGUUCUUUUUUUCUUUUUCUUUUUCUUUUUUUCUGUUAUGUAUUCCUUUUUGACGAUGAGUUAACCCUUCUGUUCCACUUUAUUUAUGAUACUAUCUUUCUUAGGGUUUUGAUAUC